AUGAGGUCUCCGAACCAGCUGUGGUUGUCAAGGUACGUGAGACCCGCCGAGAGCAGCGUGGUGAGCACCACGGCUCCAACAAACGGCAAGUUCUUGGUCACAGACUCUCUGUACGGCGGACCGGCCGUCAGCAACACCCCCACUAUCACGUACUGGAAGUUGCCAAACAGGAACAGCACGGUGUUGUCUGUGCACUGGACCUCGUCGUCGUUUCCUGGGACCGGCGGGAUGUACCAGCUGUCGUCUGCGUCUUUUAUAGAUCGCCAAAUGGAGAAUUGGAAGCCCAGUAGAAUGCAGAUGCUGCCGAGCAACGGGAUCAGGAUCUUGGGCGACAUCAGGUUGGCUGUGGGGCGUUUGGCGCACAGCCGCGCGUAUGGCUUGCUCCAUGCCAUGAACACGGCGAGCGGGAUGAUCAGGAACAGGUCGAUGUACAGGAACUGGAAGUCACCAAGGUUGGUUCCUUCCAUGUACAGCAUGGUGACAGUGAUGAACUGGAUUGCCGAGUACAGCGACAUGAAUUGGAAGCACGAGAAGCUUGUCACGAGCGACGCACGGCCCUCCUUGAUCACGUCCAGAACGCACGAGAUCUCAAAGAUGCGCGACGUGAACGGAGCAGCCACCGACGCCUCGGCCUCGCUGAGCGAAAUACCCACAUCGGCUGCCUUGAGCGCACCGCAGUCGUUCGCACCAUCACCGCAGAAGCCCACCGUGUAG